CAGCUACAGGGCAGCCACCUAGACCCACCACACAGGCUCUGGCGCUGCCCUGGCAAACAACACCAAAAUGGCUUCAGACAGUAUACACAUCGCGCAGUUGACUUCUGAACUGUACUUCCUAAUAGCCCGAUUUCUAGAAGCUGGACCGUGUCAAAAAGCAGCCGAGACCCUGAUAAGGGAGGUGGAGGAGAAGGAGCUGCUACCCAGAAGGCUGGACUGGACAGGGCAGGAACACCCCGGGACGUACGACAAUUUGGUGAAGCUCUACCGGCACAUCAGUCCAGACCACCUGCUGCAGGUCUGCUCCAGAGUUUGUCCACUGCUGGAGAGGGAGGUCCCUGCCAGCGUGCCUGGACUCACCAGCCUGCUGGGGGCCGGCCGGCAGAAUCUCCUUCGCACCAGCAAGAGUUGCAAGCAUGUUGUGUGGAAGGGCUCAGCACUGGCUGCGCUUCACUGUGGGCGACCACCGGAGCCGCCAAUUAUAUAUGGGAGCCCACCUAAUAUUGUGGAGACGAGUAACGGCCGCCGACUGAAUGGCUCCUACCGCCUCAGGCAGCUGGUGCCCACGGCCGUGUACACGCACAUGAAGAUGCACAAGAGGAUCCUGGGACACCUGUCGUCAGUGUACUGCGUCACCUUCGACAGGACAGGCCGACGCAUCUUUACCGGCUCAGAUGACUGCCUCGUGAAGAUCUGGGGAACAGAUGACGGUCGUCUGCUGGCGACGCUGCGCGGCCACGCUGCUGAGAUCUCCGACAUGGCCGUCAGCUACGAGAACACAAUGAUUGCAGCCGGUUCGUGUGAUAAAACCAUCAGAGUUUGGUGUUUGCAGACCUGCGCCCCUUUGGCCGUCCUGGAGGGACACGCAGCUUCCAUCACCUCACUACAGUUUUCUCCUCUUUGUUGCGGCUCCAAGCGCUACCUGUCCUCCACCGGAGCUGACGGCACCAUCUGUUUCUGGCAGUGGGAUGCACGCACGCUCAAGUUUGGUCAGAGGCCGAGUAAAUUCACAGAACGCUCCAGACCGGGAGUCCAGAUGAUCUGCUCCUCCUUCAGUGCAGGUGGUAUGUUCCUGGCCACAGGAAGCACGGAUCACAUCAUCAGAGUGUACUACUUUGGUUCAGGCCAACCAGAGAAGAUCUCUGAAGUUGAGUCACAUACAGACAAAGUUGACAGCAUCCAAUUUUCACAUUGCAGUGACAGGUUUGUGAGCGGCAGCAGGGAUGGUACAGCGCGAAUUUGGCAGCUGCAGCCUCAGGGCUGGAGGAGCAUUCUGCUGGACAUGCAGACCAAAUUGCCUGGAAAGUACAACCCGCCGCCGCUGGAAGACAAAGUGACCAAGCUGAAGGUUACCAUGGUAGCAUGGGAUCGUCAUGACAGCACGGUGAUCACGGCAGCCAACAAUCUGACGCUGAAGGUGUGGAACUCUACCACCGGAAACCUUGUCCAUGUCCUGAUGGGCCACGAGGAUGAGGUGUUUGUCCUGGAACCGCACCCCUUUGAUCCUAGGAUCCUUUUCUCAGCAGGGCAUGAUGGGAAUUGCAUUGUGUGGGACUUAGCCAGAGGAGUCAAGAUCCGCUCCUAUUUCAACAUGAUUGAGGGCCAAGGUCACGGAGCGUUGUUCGACUGCAAAUGUAGUCCAGAUGGGCAGCAUUUUGCAGCAACGGACUCCCAUGGACACCUGCUCAUCUUUGGCUUUGGCUCCAGCAGCAAGUAUGACAAGAUAGCGGACCAGAUGUUCUUCCAUACUGACUACCGGCCACUGAUCCGGGACGCCAACAACUACGUGCUGGAUGAGCAAACUCAGCAGGCGCCGCACCUAAUGCCGCCUCCUUUCUUGGUGGACGUAGAUGGGAACCCCCACCCUCCAAGAUACCAGCGGCUGGUGCCUGGCAGGGAGGGCUGCAGAGAUGAGCAGCUGAUCCCACAGAUGGGGGUCACUUCCUCAGGCCUUAACCAAGUGGUCAGUGAGCAGGCGGUGGAUGGUUCCAGUCCUCUGGAUACCAUGAUCCAGAGACUGCAGCAGGAACAGGACCAAAGACGAGGCACUAAUGACCCCCCUCCUUCUGCUGGUGCUAACACCAGAGCCGGCAGAGGAUCGGUGGGUUCGCCAACAGAGGUACACUCCCCGCCCAACGUGGGUCUACGGCGCAGCGGGCAGAUCGAAGGUGUCCGACAGAUGCACAGCAACGCCCCACGCAGCCAGAUGGCCACGGAGGGAGACCUGGUGGCCUGGAGCCGCAGGGUGCUGGUCCCUGAACUGGAAGAUGCCUCUGUCAGGAGACAGAUGAACUGGCGUGAGGCUAAAGGUGAGGAAGAGAUCAAUAUUUACCAGUCAGAAAGGAGGAGACGCACCAUCCACUCUCUCCCCAAGGAGAGCAGGGGCCAUCCGACUUCAGAGUGCGCAACUGAUGAGGGGAGGAAGAGCCAGGGUAACCACGGUUAUCAAACUCGUGCUGCCAUGGAGGAGACGAGCCGCCAGAGCGCUGAGGCUGCAGAUGACGAUGACAGCACCUCUGAGGCAGAGGUGGAGGUACGGCAAAUAAACGGACACUCAGAGGAGGAGGAAAAGGAGGAGGAGGGGAAAGAGCCCUGGCCGGAUGACCACAGUAGCUCAAGUGAUUACUCCAGCAAUUACUCAGACUGGACAGCGGACGCAGGGAUCAACCUUGAACCACCCAAGAAGAGCGUUAAGGUGAAAAAGAAAAGCAGUGGCUCGGAGGAGGAUGGAGAAAAGAAGAGGGAUCCGAAGAAAGAGAGGAAGAAAGACAAAGUAGACAAAGAUGGAGCAUUACCAAAGAAGAAGCAGCCAAAGGAGAAGAGGAAGAGGACAGAGUUUCAGGAGGAAGGGCUAACUCUGGAGGAGUGGCUUCCCUCUGCCUGGAUCACAGACACUGUUCCCCGGAGAUGUCCUUAUAUACCCCAAAUGGGUGAUGAGCUAUACUACUUCAGACAGGGCCACGAAGCCUAUGUGGAGAUGGCCAAACAGAAAAAGAUUUACAGCAUCAAUCCUAAGAAGCAGCCCUGGCACAAGAUGGAGCUACGGGAGCAGGAGUUGAUGAAGAUAGUUGGGAUUAAGUAUGAGGUCGGGUUGCCCACCCUCUGCUGUCUGAAGCUUUCUUUCCUCGACCCGGACACCGGCAAACUGACCGGAGGAUCCUUCUCUAUGAAAUACCACGACAUGCCUGAUGUAAUCGACUUCCUGGUGUUGCGGCAGCAGUUUGACAAUGCCAGAAAAAGGCAGUGGAGUAUAGGGGACAGGUUUCGGGCAGUGAUUGACGAUGCCUGGUGGUUUGGGACCAUCGAGAGCCAGGAGCCCUACCAGUCCCAGUAUCAAGACAGCCUGUUUCAGUGUUAUAAUGUUUGCUGGGAUAAUGGGGACACAGAGAAGAUGAGUCCUUGGGAUAUGGAGCCCAUCCCUGAUGAUGCCACGUUCCCGGAUGAGUUGGGCACGAGUGUACCGCUGGUGGAAGAAGAACAGAAGGAGCUUCUGUACGUCCCUCUGGAUGGGGAAUGGGGCUGCCGCACACGCGCAGAGGAGUGCGAACGCAUCAUCAAGGCCAUCGACCAGCUCUGCACACUUGAUGUGGCAGCACCAUUUGCCUUUCCAGUGGACCUACAAGCUUACCCCACGUACUGCACAGUAGUAUCCUAUGUCACUGACCUUAGCACUAUACGCGAAAGGCUGGUGAACCACUUCUACAGGCGACUGUCCUCUCUGAUGUGGGAGGUUCGUUAUAUUGAACAUAACGCCCAAACAUUCAAUGAGCCGGGAUCGUUCAUCGUCACUACCGCCAAGUUUGUCUCUGACCUCAUGCUGCAAUUCAUUAAGGACCAAAGUAUGACAGACAUCAUGCCCCUCUACAAAACUAUGAAGAAGGCGACUUUCUCUGACUCUGAAGAUGAGGAUGAUGAAGAGGACGACGAAGAUACAAAUACACCUGGGACAUCAACACGAAAUCACAAGGCUCGACGACCAAUGCAGCGCCAACGUCGAACCCGACCUCCUUCAUAUGACCCUCAUGCAUGGAGGGGGCGCUGCAAGGAGCUCCUGGACCUCAUCUUUCAGUGUGAAGACUCCGAGCCAUUCAGAGAACCUGUGGACCUACAAGAGUACCCGGACUAUCUGCAAAUAGUUGAAAAACCCAUGGAUUUUGGGACUGUUCUCAACACGCUGACAGAAGGAAAGUACCAGUCUCCCAUUGAGCUCUGCAAAGAUGUGCGGCUCAUUUUCAGCAAUUCCAAAGCUUACACGCCUAGUAAGAAGUCAAGGAUUUACAGCAUGAGUCUGAGGCUCUCUGCGCUGUUCGAGGAGCACGUCAGCUCCAUCCUGGCUGACUACAAGGCCAUCCACGGCCUGACAGAUAAACUGACCAGACAGGGCACAGACAGACAGACAAGACACACUACGGACAGACAGACACGGCACGCCAUGAAGAGGAGAAGGAGGAGGAGUGAAUCUCCCGCAAGCAGCACUGCAUCCAGCCCAGAGAGGAAGAGACGUGUGUCAUCCAGGGUAACUGGGAAAAGAGAGCCAUCACCAGCUCCUUCACGACCCUCCUCCCAGAGAAAUAACGUCCCCGUGAAACAGUCCCCUCAGCUGGUCAACGGGAAGACCGACACCCCGGCUGCAGGGCGUACACGCAGUGCCGCGCGCCACUCUACACACUCUCCACCCUCCUCAUCCUCUUCACACCAUGCUACAAGCAACACACCGAGCACAGCUGAGUCUACUCGCUCGCUGCGGGCUCAUAACUCUGUGUCAGCUUCAACGGCGCCAGCUGCUGAAAAGGCGACACCCGCUCCAGCUGUGGAAAGUAGCAGUGGAGGAAGCACCCGACGGAAACUCAGGACACCUGUACGACUCACACCAGGUUCCCCUGCCAGCCCUUCAUCUCAGAGCACAGUCCACCUGAAUGGCCACAGUAGUCAUGUGACCCUUGGCGUUGGGAGAAGGGGGCGGAAAUCCAGGAUGGACCCACCAGUGAGUCCUCCAGAAGACACAACUCCAGCGAGCCCCUCCAGGCCCCGAGGCCGUCCACCUGGAAAGAAGAGAGGCCGGAAGAGCAAGCAGGAGCUGCAGGAGAGGAGAAAGAGUGGUAACCACAGGAGCUCCACCCCUGACGAUGAUCUCGACCAAUCCACGGGAGACGAAGGCGGGACGUCUUCGGCACAGGAGACAUCAGUGCUGUCGGACUCUGGUAUGGCGUCAACACCUAGACGGCGCGGCCGGCCCAGAGUGGUAAGAAAUGAGGAGGCGACUCCUCCUCCUGCUGCUGAGUCACCUGAGCCUUCACCACUGAGGAGGAGCAGCAGGCGAGCCAACGAGGAGGUUACACCUCCUCCUCAGACUGCUCCUCAACGAUCCCAUCAACGAUCCCAGUCUCCAAAGGACGAUGGACCGGACGGAGCUGGAGGGUCGAUGCGCACACGUAACCAGGGGCGACGGUCAGCUUGGUACAUGGAGGAGGACUCUGAGGAGGAGCAGAGGCAGCUGCUGUUUGAAGACUCAUCAAUCACCUUUGGCACCUCUUCAAAGGGCCGUGUCCGCAAGCUAACAGAAAAGGCCAAAGCCAACCUUAUAGGCUGGUAACAGAGACAACCGAGCAGACACAGGAUGUGAGGAGGAGGCAUCUCAGUCAGCUGGCUGCCGUGACAGAGAAGAAAUCCAGACGAGAUUUCUUAGCUUAUGCGUUGGAGUCGAAGAGGUGGUACUUUUGAAGGCAUUUGUGUGUGUGUACGUCUGGAGAGCCGCUGGUCCAGCUGCUGCUAUUUAAAGCUGUCGCUCCGGAGAGACACAACAGUGCAGUUACCUGUCCACUUCUCCUUCCUCUUGCCCCAGUAAAGCACAUCACUGCUGCAGUCGAUGGCUUUCUGACAACGCAUGUCCAUUUGCUCCAACUCCUCCUACAUUAUUGGUCCAUGUUGGAUCCCACAGAUGCUUACUGACUCCUAUGUUGGUGAUUUUGUGACUCACUUCUGUCCAGUGAACCACUCUUCACUUCUGUCUGACCUUAAACACUGUUGGUGUCAGACUGGGCAAAUCCGUUGUUUAACAGAAUUUUAGUACUUGAAAAAAAUCAUGAGGAGAGCUGGAUGUAUCUUAUCUCACUCUUACUAUUUUUGAGGACUUUUCAAGUGUCUCUGCCGGGAUGGUCAAAAGACGCCCACUGAACUGAAACAGUUCAGUCUGUGACGGACUACAGACUGCUGGCCUGACAACGUCUUUAUGCCCCCUUCCCCCUUUAUUCCCGCUGUUUUUUUAUACACCCCCCUCUCUGCUUUUUCUAAGAUUUGUACGUGAUGAUCGGCUCUGUUUUGGAAGUCUUACACAUUAGCUGACCUGAGGGUGUCUGUCUGCGCUAAAAUACCAAAUGGUGUACCUUUGCAGGUACUGUAGAUCUGUAGGUUUUGUUUACUAUUGAUGUGUGCGGUGUGUGUGGGCGUUAUGUUUUUUUGCAUGUCAUUUAGAAAGAGAAAGCAUCUCUUUCUUUUUUUUUUUAAGAAGAGUUUUUACUGUGAGAAGGAGGUAAGGAAUGCGUGGGUGAAAGGGGUCAUUUUAUGUCUAGAUAGAUCAUGUUUCAAUGCGUCUUCAACAUUAGCAAUACCUUGUGCCUUUAUGUCUUUGGUGUGUGUGUGUGUGUGUGUGUGUGUGUGUGUGUGUGAGAGAUUGUGUGUGUGUGUGUGUGUGUGUGUGUGUGUGUGUGUGUGUGUGUGUGCACGUAUGUGUGUGCACGUAUGUGUGUAUAAGCAUGCUUGGCCUCUGCCCUGCAAAGUACAUGUACCCGUAUGUGUACGAACUGAGUUGUGACUAUGCGAGUGGGUGUAACUGAAAGAGUGUGAGUGUGUGUGCUUGUAUAACACAGUUGAGUGUGUCAUUCACUUUCAGCGUACAAACAGUGGCAUACAGUUUGAUCGUUGUGAAACCUCUCAAAGAAAUGUAUUUAUAGCAGUUCAAAAAAGAAUUUACUGUUGUUGUAAGCAUACCAUUAUUCAUGUCAAUGUAUUAUCCUAUAACCAACCUAUCGUCAGUUUAUACCUAAGGUACAGCCAGAGGAGCUUUGGGUGACUAGCUUUGAGAUGCACUUACCACAGACCGGUUAUCAAUGCAGUCGUAGGGAGUUAACUCUGUGUAUUUUCAGUUGUUAACAUAUAAAAAUGAACUUUUAAAAAUCCUGAUAUGUUUCUAUGGUGACACACACACAUGCGUACACACACACACACAAACACACACACUAUUCUGUCUCGCAUGUUCUAGCACUUUCUCAUGCCUAAAGCAAACAGGAUCGAGCCAGAUCAAACUGGAUCGGACUUAACUUGGACGGAGAUCGGAGAUAGAGAGACAGGUCUCAUAUUCAUCUUUUCUGAUUGUGUGCCUUUGCUACUCUGGCAUAUUGAGUCCUCGGUUUCUCUUUUUUGGGGUCUUUUUUUUGUUUUUUGGGACUUGUUGGUUCUGCUCGUCGCUGGGUUCAGUGGACUGGACUUUGGGGACUGGACUGGACCUGACAGGUUUCUAUGAAAGAGAGAAAAGACUGGAAAAAAAUGGACAGGAGGCAAACAUAUUAUGGCACUCUCUCUCUGUACACACACCUUAAUGGAUUGAGCUUAUAAAGAUGGCGACCUCACCUCUUUUGACAUCAUUUCUUAUUUUUCGGUAACCCAGCACAGAGGAAGUGAAUGCCAAAAUCUGAAAGUUUCCACUGGUGCCGAGGGACUAACUGGGGAGAACUGGACGGUAGCAUCUACGUAUAUACACCCGGUUCAUGUCAUAGUACUUUUACCGUCACAUAUUACUGAACAUAUAUCUCAUCUGUUUAUCAUUGUUAAUACUUUUUUGUUUGUUUUUUGUUAAGUAUUUGUCAAUGCCAAAUUCUCUCUUUUGGGCACUGAAGUUUUAGACCAUGGCUUUUGAAUGUGUUUAUUUUUUGAAUCACAAUGAGUGUGUUGAGCUCCUUUACAUAUGUUGUGUCAACUGUUCUUUUUUUUUCUUUUUUUUGUCUGUGUUCCUGCCAUAUAGGACAAUAAUAUAUCAGUGGCUAGAUCUGUGGAGUUGUAUUGUUGAGAUGGUGUUUUAUACUCUACCGCACUUAAUAGAGGAUACAAUUUUCGACUCUUUUUUUCAGUCAGUCUGGAUUUGUUUAUAUUGUGUAUAUGAAGAGUUUUAUUCUAAACUGAGGCAGCCUAGAACACCUUCUUCCAUAAGUGAUAUGAAAGUAAAUGUUUUUAUUAAAUAUAGAAAGUUAAUAAUCUUUGUCCGCAAAAUCAUGCAUUUUACGGACAAAGAUUUUGUGUUCAAUCUCUGUGUUCAUUCAUGACUUUUUAUGGCUUUUCAUUCAUUAAAUUGCUCUAUAAACUCUU